CCAAAAUCAGAACAUCACCGCCCUAUUAAAUGCCGGAAACAGCCUUACUCUUUCCGCCAAAGCUCCAUCGCUCCAAAAUUUCCCGGCGAAAUCGCAGAAGAAGAAGAUAAAAGCGACGACGAAACCCUUACCGUCGGCUUGAUCUUCAACAUACAGUCUUUGAUUCUUCUUCUGCAAAUAACAUGAGUGGUGACGGGAAAAGCAGCGCGGUUUUUGGCGAUCCACAGAGUCAAUACCAUUACGGGACGUUUCAGGGCGUCGCAAACUAUUAUUCUUCCGCCCCUCAACCGCAGCCGCAGCCUCAUCCCCAAUCUGUCGUCGGUUUCCCUCCGCAGGUUGCUCCGCCUCGUCAUCCAUGUUACCAUGGACAUUUGGAUUACCAAGCCGUUCCAGUUCAAGGCUAUGCUAUUAUUGAGGGAGGACCUUUUCACGAAGCCCGUCUUCCUUGUUGUGGCAUUGGCAUGGGUUGGUUCUUGUUUAUGAUUGGCUUCUUUCUGGGUGGCAUUCCCUGGUACGUUGGAGCUUUUGUCGUACUCUUUGUACGGGUGGAUUACCGAGAAAAACCUGGAUAUAUUGCAUGUGCAAUUGCUUCAGUUCUUGCCGUCAUGGCCAUAACAUUUGGUGUCUCCAAAGGAGUUGAGAUCUGGUGAAGUAGACAUAUUCUGAAUGGUGUAGCCAUAUCGCCCCUUGCAUCAAGGGAAACAACUGGUGGGGUAUUGUAAUUAGCUUUGAAAUUGUAUUUCCUUCAAUUCUAUCCAUCUAUCAACUUCCUGGUUUCGUUUACAAUGUACUGAAAUCUUCCUGACUUGGCCAAAUGUUAAGUAAAAUGUUAAUAGAUUGAAGAAUGUGUUAGCUUUUAUUGGAA